AUCACUCCCCCCUCCCCUCCCUCCCUCCCUCUCUCCAGUCAAGCUCCACUCUCAAUUCGAAGUACAUCUUUCAAUCGCCAUAUUGGGUACUGAGAAGGUUUGUCUGCAGUUUCUCGCACUACGGACGAAUUUGACAGAGCGACUCCAGAUCCUGUGCACUUUGUUUUGAUGAUCCGCGGAGACUGCUUCGGGCUUCACGACACCGCGGCCGUUACCGUUUCCAGCUCGCAUGGCAUAAGUCGUUUUAUGCUUGUUUUGGAUCUUGCUCAGCGACACGGAGAUACCGUUACCCGUUGUUUUUUUGAGCGGUGUGUUUUUCUUUUGAAAAACUGGACGCUCCGGGCUGUUUGAAAAAUUUGUCUUUUCUCUGUGGGAAAAUGUCAGAUGUUCGACUAUCAAACGGGAGCCCGACGCUGGAGCGGACGGACUCCCGGGUGACGGAUCACCCGAAACCGUCAGCCUGCAGAAGCCUCUUCGGUUCGGUGGAUCACGAAGAGUUAAAGAGGGAUUUAAAGGGACAUUUGCAAGAGAUGGAAGAGGCUGACAAAGCCAAGUGGGGCUUCGACUUCGCCAAUCACACGCCGCUGUCCAACAGCAGGUUCGACUGGGAACAAGUGAAUUGCAGAGACGUCCCGAAAUUCUACAUCGGACAAACGCGGAGGGAUAAGGGCGUCUGCUCUGCUGGGAAUAACAAUGUGGAUCUAAAUGGGAAUCAUAACUGUGUUGUGGUGGCUCCGAGCGAAGACAUCGCCAGGUCUGACGGGCAGAUGGAGUGCACGGAGCAGUGCACCGGGCUGAGGAAGAGACCUGCAUGCCACGACCCCUCGGCCCAAAAUAAGAGGUCACACAGCAGCUCAGAUGAGGUUAGUUGUCCAAGCCUGAGUCACUCUGCAGAACACACACCCAGAAAGACCAGUCCCAAGAGGCAAACGUGAGGACAGGAACACGAGCCGAAGAUGUAUUUCCCCUUUUACAUGGGAAACCUCAGUGUUGGCCGAUUUUUGGAAGAGGAACUACACAGCACCAGAAACAUAUCAGCUCUCCUGAAGACGGGGGAGGACGCUGUUGAAGCACUGAAUAGAAACACUAAAGUUGUGGCACUCAAUUGAGAAGUUACUGCCUCUAAAAGCAGUCAAUGUAGCAUUGUGCAAUUAGGUUUGAUUUCCUUUUUUGCUCCUUUUUUUUUUUUUUUUUUUUACUACCUGUGUGUAAAUAAAUAUACAUAUUAUAUUAUUUGUCUCUCCAUAUGUAGCACAUAAGAAAAACAUUAUGAUUUGAACACAAAUCCUUAAUGUAAAAAGGUGUGAAUUUUGAUUUGACUUGAAGAAUUGCAGUGUAGUUUGAUACAUGUUUCCAAAAUGCUGUUCUGUUUUGUUUUGUUUUGUUUUUUUUUUUUUGCUAUUUUAUUUCCUGAAAGGCAGUGUGACUGACAGUCCCUAAUUGCUACAUUUAAAACAAAAUCAUGGCUUCUUACAGUUUCUUAACAGUGUAUCUUCACUCCGUCAUCUUCCUAACUCAGCAGUGAAGAACGGUACAAAUGUAGCUUGUUGGUUUUUUGUUUUUUUUUUUUUAAAUUUUCCUUCCUCUGGUCACAUCAGUGUCACCAAGUGCAGGUUUUCCUAGAAGAUCUAUUUCCCCAGGAAAUCAACACAGGAAAAAAAAAAAGAUCUAAUAUCUCUGUUAUUCUUUCCUCUAUAUCAGCCAAUAUUUAAUUUGCGAUAGGUGCCUUUAGCAUCAGUUGAAUCCUGGAAUAUCUCCUUUCUUUGUUUUUUUUUUUUUUUGUUUUUUGUGUGUAAGUUCUCCUGCACACCUCAGCCACGGCGUAAUGGUGUGUUUGAUUUCCUCUGGAGUUUUGAGGUACUCAGAUAUUGAAGGACAAAGACCAUACAAACUGCACAGGUUUUAUUGUAAAGUCAUCCUCUUUGACUUCCUUUUUUUUCCUUUUGUUUCAUCAGCCUUAAUGCUCUUCAGAGAGGAGGUUUUUUUUGGAAAAGGGUUGAAUGUCCAACAAUGCCAAAUACAUGGUUGCUUUCAGUACGGUUUGCCAGCACCACCUGUGCUCCUCCUUAAUUGACUUCACAUCGUAUUACUUUGUGAUAACCUUGACUUAAAUUUUCCAUGUAUGUUUUUGUACUUUUUUCACCAAUGUUGUUAGCCUGCUGAGGAUGCAGAUGUGAGCAUCUAAAAGCUUCCCUUUAUUUGCCUAAAAUGUGGGUUAUAUUCAAAGAGACCAGCGUACACCUGGAUGGAGAGAGCAGACAGCUCGUCUCACAAGUGUCACCAUGCCUGUGUAUUUGUGUAAAUCUUUGCAAUGUACCUAUGUACAUAAUUUUGUAAAAACACUGAGAAAUUAUACUAACUUAUUUAUGUCAAGCUUUUUUAUGUAGAAUAAAAAAAUGGGUUUUUGAUUACGGUUAUCCAAAGUGGCAUUUACUUUAUUAUAAUUGUCUUAUUUUGUAAAAGCAUAUUUUUGGUAGUUUUUUUUUUUUUUUUUUUUUUUUUUUUUCUUAUCAACAAGGUUGCAAACUGAGCCUGAUAAAAUAUUUGAUGUGCAUUUUGUAAUGUGUGGUUAUAAAAUGUGUUGCAAUCAAUUAAAAGAGAAAAUUAAAUUUGA